CUUUCCUCGAUCACCUUCAUCAAGAUAUCACUCUUGCCUUCUUUGCCUACGCUCUUGAUUUGUCGAGCCUUUCGCGGCUCACCUCUCAUAAUACCUUCAGACCUAACCGACGAACCUUGACUCACUCACAAUCAACUCGACCAUCCAUCACCAUGCCGCCCUCCAGCGACGACGAGAUUCCCCUCAACGGACGUGGUCCACACGCCUUCGACCUCAGCCGCACCGAAUCCCGCCGGAGAGCCACAUUCGGCAGAGUCGCAGGAGGUACCUCUACGAACGAGCCCCAGCCUCGGCCUGAGAUUAUCCCCAUUCAACGUGGCCCUGAGCCAUCAGGUCCGGGUCCAUCGCCCCCAUCAUCAUCCACUGCCACAGCCACUGCCACUGCUUCAUCUGCCACCACUUCGUCAGCCAGUAACCACGAAAAGAGCUUCAAAGAACAGCAACGGCGGAGGCUCCUGUAUCUUCAGGAAACUAGGCAGCAGAAUCAACAGAACCAGCCGCAACAGAAGUGGCAAACGCAGACCCUCGGUACCGGUACCCACCCGCUCUCAAAGUCAUUCACUGCAAACGCCAAGGACCGCGAAGUCCACUGCCUGGACACCCCUCCCCCUCCUUCGUCUCAUAUUUCGUCCCUUGCGGGCCCUUCGGAGACUGCGCAAAGUGCUGCUAGUAUUUUACAGCAGCAGGUGCAGGGGGAGCAUCAGCAAUCUCAGCGGUCGCAACAACAAUCCCAACAAUCGCAGCAGCAACAGUCUCAGCAGGAGCAUCAGCAGCAGGAGUCUCGGCAGUCCCAGCAGCCUCAGCAAGAGCAGCAGCACCAAGACGAUAAUGAGAUUGCGAUCAGAGAAGAGAGCCUAGAACUUCUUGAAAGCUUGACAUCGAUUUCUACCUCUAACGACAUGAACAGAGGCAGCGGUGGCGGCGGCGGCGCCUUUGGCCAAAAUGACAGGGACAACAUCAACAACAGCAACAACAGCAACAAGAGACGCGCAGAGAUAGACUUGGAGAGACCUACCGCUCGCCGACUAUCUACUGGCAAUAUCACACCAGGCCACAUGUCUGGCUCUGGACACAUAUCUGGCUCUGGACACAUGUCUGGAUCUAUCUUUGGUCAGCCUGGCUCUGGCGUCGGUCCGUAUUCUCCGGUUCCGGGCGCUUCCGCCCCUCAGAUGCCGACACAUCCUGCUUCUUUUGACCUUAGAGAAGGACCGGGUGUUGGUGGGGGUGAUGGUGGUGGUCAAGGGGCGUAUCCUCCGUUCAGCCGCGGAGCAUCUCCCAUGCCCCAGGUCCCCUUUGCCCAGCCUCAAGUCCCCUUCGCUCAACCUCGCACUCCCGGUGCUGUGACUAUGACGGGAGCUGCGCCUCAGCGGGGACAAAGAGGAGAAAGAGCCGGAAGUGUAGCUUCCGUCACGAGUAUCACCUCACGCAACGGACCUCCGAUGGUUAAUCCGAGUUUGCCCAACUUGCCUCCUGAUGGAACCAACUGGCUCACCGGCCGCAUCGUCGUCGUCUCCGUCGGCGCCGAGCGCCGCAAGUGGAACGUCCACGAACAGCUUUUGUCAUACAACUCCCCCUACUUCAAGCGCCUCUUCAACCCCGAGCCCGAGCCCGUUGAAGGUUCCUCCUCCUCCCCCGGUGAUAACGACCACCACCACCACCAAAACCCCGCCACCGGCGCAGCAGACGGAAGAGAGCCUGUUCUCUCCGAACCUAUCGAAGAAGUGCACCUUCCUACCACGGAACCCAAGCUGUUCGCCCUCCUCAUCCGCUGGCUCUACGGCACCGCCUUCGCCACCUCGGGCGGCCAAAAGGUCUUCAAAUUCCCCCCUCCCCAACUCAACCAAGUCACCGUGCGCGACUACCUCGGCCUCUACAUCCUCGGCCAAACCGUGCAACUCCCCGGCUUGCGCAAUGCCUGUAUCGACGUGCUCUACAACUACUACGCGGCCGAGACCGAAGAGGUCCGCGUCCCCGAUCUGCACGACGUGCAAUACAUUUUCGAGAACACCGCCCACGCGCCCGAUUCGCAAAUGCGGAGACUGCUGGUUGCUCAUUGCAUGUUUCAUUUGUAUGGAGUGAAGAGGAGGGGACCGUUGCCCCCCGACUGGCAGGAGGUGAUGGAGCCUAGGUGCAAUGUGGCGUACGAGAUGUUCAAGAUGUUGGCGGAUUGGAAGUGGGUGAUUGGCGAGAAUGUGCCGACUAUGAAGAUUAAAGCCAGGCAUGCGUUUCAUGAGAAGCCGCGGCCGGAGGAGUUGUUGCCGUGGCAUAAGGCGCAGACGCAGGAGGAGGCGGGGAUGCCGCUUGUGGGGGUGGUGAAGGCUGAGCCGGUUGAUGAGUAGAGAGGACUCACGGGUGAGGGGGAGAGGGUGAUGUCGGUGGAUGUCCUGGCUCCUGGAGUUUUGGUCGGGCGUGGGGUGAAGGAGAAUUGAAGGAGACUGACCUGACAAGAUAUUUCGUGGUUGAGGAGACAAACGGAAUGGACCAUGGAGCGUUAAGUAGGUCAUGCUUGCCCCGGCAUGCAGACGGCCGCCUUUCGAGCACGCUUUGGGAUUGAGGGAGGAAAGAGCGAUGCCCAUACAUAAGGUAUGAAGGUGCAAAACUUUAGUCAUGGAGAGAGGAUUGAUCCUUCCUUCAAAGACAUUUGGGUUGCUUCCAUUCG